AUGCCUUCACAUCAAUAUAAUUAUAUUCCUGACUCAGCAACACUCGAAUAUAUAAUUGAUUCUACCAUUACAACAGAAGAACGUCAACAAAUAGAAUUUAUUAUUUUCUUACCACUUCAUGAAUUAAUAAUUCCUACAUAUAAACCGAAACGAAAAAAAUCACCUCGAUCGCAAAAUAAAUUUAUAAUUUUUCGAAAAGAUUUACAAGCCCGAAUAAUUAGUGAAAAGGGUCCACAAUAUUCUUGUCAAUUAAAAAUUAUUUCAAAUAAUGCCAAAAAAGCUUGGAAUAAUUUAGAUUUCGAACAUACUUUAUUAUAUGAAAAGAUUGCGAAUAUUGCUAAAAAAGUCCAUAAGCUUAUGUGGCCUGAUUAUAUUUAUAAACCUAAUCGUAAAGAAUUUCAUCCUUAUCAUUCUUCUCUUCCUCACGAAUAUUUUUCAAAUUAUCAUAUAAAUCUCAUAAAUCCUAUAAAUUCUCUAACUGAUUUAUCUAAUAAUCAAUUUCAUUCUCCACCUUACAUUAAGCAAUUAGAAAUGAAAACAAUAAAUAAUAUCUCUUCUUAUGAUAGAUCUCUUCAUGAUAUUGUUGACAAAUUUAGUCGAAUUUAA